AUGCUGAAGCUUUUGAGUUUCCUUCCCGCCUCUUGGGCGUGCAGUUAUGUGGAGAUUCCUUGGGAAGACAGUAGAGGAAUAUCAUAUCUCAUUCCAAGGACCAUGGAGCUCAACAAUGUGUUUGACAGCACCAAUUACAGCAUUGAAGCUGUACCACGAGGGAGUGAAAACAAGUUUGGUUACCUCGCUCCCAUGAACAUUUUCCAUCUUCCUCCCACGGGCCUAGAACUCAAGAUUCCCUUUGAGGGCAUGAAUGAGGUGGGCUUGACAGUCUCCGGGCUCCUCUUGACAGAGUCUAUAUACGAGAGACCAGAGCCAGGAAAGAAACACUUGAGUGCUGAAGACGUCAUCCCUGCACUUCUGGCAAACUGCUCAAGUGUGGAUGGUGCGAUAGAGAUGCUGGAAUCUGUCAACGUCGUGGCUCCAAGUCUGCAGGCGCUGGAUGGAGAAGGCUUGCAUUGGGCUAUUGCUGAUGCUACUGGCCGGUCCAUCAUCGUCGAAUACCUCCAGGGCAAGCGGAUGAUUUUGGAGAACCAUCCACGAGUGAUGACCAAUGACCCAGACAUCAAGUGGCACUGGAGAAAUUUAAAUACACAUGUCAACCUCAGCCCCAACUAUCCAGUAGAAAAUGAUCCGCUGCAAGUGAAGGUGGACGAUGACAUAGGAAUCGUCCCACGUCCAGUUGGCCAUGGAUGGAAUUUAUUUGGUCUCCCUGGAGACAGCUCUCCUCCCAGCCGCUUUAUUAGACUUUUCUAUUUGCGCGGAUAUGCCAUGACAACAAAUCCUCCCAAGAGCUUCGACGACGCUGCUGUUUUGGGAACUGCUCUUCUCAACAAUGUGUUCAUACCGCUUGGUACAGUGGCGGCAGAUCCAAAGAAAAAGAGCGAUGGACCAGAGCUUACAGACUACGCUGUCCUGAAGAGUGCACAGGACCGUGUGAUGCUGAUUCGAGGUUAUAGAAAUUCGCAAUGGCGGAAGAUUGAUCUAAAGCGACUGGACUUCUCACAAGCCCGCACAUGGCCUUUGGAAGAUGGAUCGCUAGGGAUUCAGGACAUUACAGAUGCAGGUGCCAGCUCAGUCCCUGGCAGAGCACUUGAUUCCGUUGUAGUUUGA